GUAAAUUACAACGGGUUCGCGACCCCGAAGCCACAGCCCCGUUUUGGAUAUGACUCUUCCAAUGAAUGAUGUGCACACUGCUGGUACCAAGCCGCUGCUCGAUGCCGUGCGGGCUGGAAGGCUCGUCCAGCACGUGGCUGCGGUGCAAGAUGCGAGAGAUGCGCUUUCGACGCCACAUCUUUCUGAAACAGAGGCCCUGGCUUUGUGUGCAGGAACAUGCACAGAGGGCACCGAGGGCCUCAAUCUCAACCCUCCCGAAGAUUGGACCGAAACAGUCAUGACACAAGUGUCAUUACAUGUGGCAUCACAUGUGGAAUCUGAGGCAUCUUAAAAGUAACUGCAGAGCGCCAUCGGGAAGCAGGGCUGCGCAGAAGAAUUGUCACUCGAUGCAGGCCGAGAUCCGCUGCAGCACCGUCCUCCGGGCGCAAAUUUUUAAAGAACAUCGAAGCGUGCAGACUCUGGAAAACAUCUGUACACUCAGCCGUCCGCACCGGCGUCAGGGCGCAGACUUCGGGGCUCAUUUUUUAAAAGAUCGCGGGGACGAGAGGAGGAGGAGGAGGAGGGGGAGGAGGGGGAGGAGGAGGAGGAGGAGGAGGAGGAGGAGGGGGAGGGGAGGAGGAGGAGG